CUCACUCUUAUCCAAGAUUGUUAGCUUCAUUUCUCCCCUCCUCCUGCUCCUCCUCCUGUGCAUUUGACAGUGAGCGCUCCUCCACGCCAAGCAGCACCGAUCCAGAGAAAGAUCGGGGGAAAUUCAGCAAAGCUGAGGAAGACAGAACUAGAGCAGAGAGGAAGCGGGACAGAACACUCUGUUAUGAGGAUGUGAAGUAGCUAGGACGAUGUCCAAACUCUAACCGCCAUGAACUUAUCUACCAUUGGGGUCAUUGGUGCCAUCAGUGAAUGUGUCAGCUUGUUUCAGUCGACCAAAUCUAUGCGAACAAAGCUGUGAGCUCACCUGGGUCCAUGGUUGGUUCUUCCUGGAAGGUCCCCAGAAGGUGUGAGAGUUUACUCCUGUAGAUUGGUAGGCUACCCUUCAUCAAUCCAUCCAACAUUGUUAGGUUCAAUUCUCUCCUGCUCCUCCUGCGCGUUUGAAAGCCAGCGCUUGUCCAUGACAAGCAGCAUCGUUCCAGGACAAAAGUAGCUGUCCAGACUGCAGCCACCAUGAGCUUGUCGGCCAUUGGGAUUGUUAGUGCCAUUAAUGACUGCGUCACUUUGUUUCAGUGGGCCAAAUCUGCCAUUUCAUCUAUAAACUCUAAAUGGAGUGGCUCACAGGAGCAAAGUCUCCAGGACAGUGUAUUAAAGUUGGAGAGUGGCCUACAACUUCUCAAGGAUACCCUGCCUGCAAUGUAUGACCUCAUUAAUAAAGCAGAGUGGAGAAGCCAUGAACACUAUGUGGCCAAGCUCCUUCCGAGUCUCAAGGAUGCAGUGUCUGAGGCCGAUGACCUUAUUGAUGAGUUCAGAUGGUAUGAGAUGAAGUUGCAAGUGGAGGGCAAUGCAAGCCAAUCUCCUUUCAUUGACUUCUUGGAUACCAUCAUCCAAGGCAGCUUCAACAAACUGAAUGAUGUCCAAUUGAGGUUGAAUCAUCUUUCAAGUCAACUGGACAAUAUGGGGCUUCGUGGAGUUACACCACACUUUGACAAAUUAGUCAGGCCAGAGACCACUUCUAUGCCAAAUGAAGCAAAACUGUUUGGUCGUAACAAUGAGAUGAAGCAGGUAUUGGGACUUCUCAAGGUACCUACAAAUUUAAGACGCAGGCUCAUGGCUAUUUCAGAAAAUCCAUCAACAAGCGCAUCAGCAAGGAACCAAGUUAGUAAGUCAAGAAUAUUGAGUCUUCCUGUUUUGCCUAUAGUUGGAAUUGGUGGUGUUGGAAAGACUACUUUGGCCCAACAUAUCUGCAGUAACAAGCGAGUGGAGUCAUACUUUGAACCGAUAAUCUGGAUUUGUGUGUCAGAUGACUUCGAUGUGAAGAGGUUAACUAAAGAGGCCAUACAAUCUUGUACUGAAAAGGAGGUAACAAGUGAUAACUUGGAUUGUCUUCAGCGUGCUCUUUUUAAUCAUGUGAAAGAUAAAAGGUUAUUGGUAGUCCUUGAUGACAUCUGGGAUGAUGCCUUGAAGGAAAAUGGGCAAUGUUGGAAGAGGUUUUGUGCACCUUUUAGAAGUGUCCAAGAGGGAAGUGCGAUGUUGGUCACCACUAGAUGUUCAAAGGUUACUGAGGUAGUGCGCACACUGGAGCCCUUCAUAUUAGAAGGUCUAAAGGAUGACAUAUUCUGGAAUUUCUUUAAGUCUUGUGUGUUUGGAUCUCAGAGUUCUGAGAAUUAUCCUGAGUUAGAAUGCAUUGGUAGAAGAAUACUUCCUAAACUGAAGGGCUCUCCUUUGGCUGCCAAAACUCUGGGACGCAUGUUAAGCAUGGACCUUCAAGAAUCACAUUGGAAUUUUAUACUUGAGAGUGAAUUGUGGCAGUUAAAACAAAAGGAGACUGAGAUUUUGCCCGCCCUUCGGUUGAGCUAUAUGUACUUACCAUUUUAUUUGAAGCAAUGCUUCAGAUUCUGUGCUGUGUACCCUAAAGAUUACAUAUUCCAGAAGCAACACUUAGCUGAAAUUUGGGUAGCAGAAGGCUUUGUAGAGCCUCAAGGUGGUGUUCCAAUUCAAGAUAUUGGUUGUCAGUAUUUUGAAGACCUUGUAGCACGGUCCUUCUUUGGAAAAGUUAGUGGUGGAUACGUAAUCCAUGACUUGCUGCAUGACAUGGCACAACAAGUUUUAGAGCACGACUGCUUCAUCUUAAGAAACGAGAGUGACUUUGAUAAAGUUCCCCAGAAUGUCCGUCAUCUAUACGUACUCCCUAGCAGUGACUUUGACGAUUCCAGCUUGUUGAGACUAUGCAAGUACACAAAGCUGCGUACCCUAAUUUGCAAGAAGGAUUUAGAGGGAAAAACAAGCUUUAUAAUGGACCAAUGGUGUACUAAACUUUUGUGCAUGCGUGUGAUUUCUUGUCCCUUCACAAAUGAGUUUCCAGAUAGUAUCGGCAAUUGGAAGCAUCUUCGGUACCUUAAAAUCUACAGAUCUUGUCCUUUGAAGAGGAUUCCUUUAACUUUCUGUUGGCUAUAUUAUCUGACGUUUUUUUAUGUUGGGGAAUGCAUUCUAGAAAGCUUGCCCAAUGACUUCGGUAAGUUGGUCAAUUUACAGAGCUUCAGUUCACAUGGAUUUUCAUAUUAUGCUGGGCUGUGCAUGAGACUUGAUGCUGAGGCAGAGGGACGCGAAAUUAGGUUAAUGAAGAAUCUGAACCAAUUUCGUGGACACUUGGAGAUAUAUAAUGUUGGCAGCCUAAGUAAUGAUCAUACAGUAGAAGUUGAAUUGAAGAAUAAGAUGUAUCUUGACGAGUUGAAACUGAGGAUGCAUUCGUUUGUAGGCUCCCCUGAGUCUCAGUCCAUCCAUCAUAAAGAAGUGCUUGAAAUUCUGCAACCUCAUAUCAGUCUCAAGUCUCUGAUCCUUGAGAAUUAUCAUGGUGUCUCGCUCCCAAGCUGGUUUCAGCCACAAAACAUGCCAAGCUUGAAAUCACUCAGUUUUGUUGAUUGUUCUUCUGCCAUGAUCUCACAGAGCAUAAGCGUAAAUGGGACACCUGCAGUUGGUAUUUUCCUAUCCCUGGCAAACGUAACGAUAUCUGGGUGUUCAAAUAUGUUAGGCGUUCUGCAUCCAGACUAUGUACCAGCCAUCAAGAAAAUAAGAAUUGAAAGUUGCCAGAUGUUAGAAUCUCUACCAAUUGAAGAGUUUGGGGAACUUAAUUUCCUUGAAGAACUGGACGUGUGCAAUUGUCCAAAUAUCCGCCUCCAGAGAUUGUUUUUACCGUCCCUUAAGAAGCUACAACUGAGUAGUGCUGGUCUCCUUUGCAAUAUUGACUGUUGCUCUCUCACCAACUUUGUUUUCGGAUGUGAUUUUGUCACGUCCAUCCAACUACAAGUGUGGAAUCUCCCAGCUCUACAGAAGUUGCAAAUUCAGUCAAAAUCUCUUACAUCUAUUGGAGACAGUAUUACAUCAUUCUCGUCCCUUAAUGUCCUAUUAGUUGCACUUUGUGAUAGCUUGUCAACUCUUGAUGGCCUCCUAACACAAGAACUACCUGCUAUUCAGAAAAUUGACAUCUAUUCUUGUCCCAAAUUAGUGUCCCUGCCAGUUGAAAGGUUUGUGAGUUUUCCUUAUCUGAAACAUCUCAAGGUUUGGGAUUGCGAAAGUCUGAACUGGCAAAUGGGCUUGGUGCUGCCAUCGUCUCUCCAAAGUCUCAGCUUACAGAAAUGUGGGGAUACCUCUCCAUGUGUUCCCAGUUGCCUAGAGAACCUCACAUCCCUCGUCUCACUGCGCAUUAGUGGGUGCAAAAGUAUAACAUCCAUCCCAAGCAAUAUUUGGCGCACUACUCUUGCAUCACUCGAGGAAUUGAACAUUGAGGAUUUUCCAAACCUAGUUUCAAUUGGUGGAAGAAAGGCAAUUGGAAAAAUAAAGAAGGUGACUAUAUACAGUUGUCCAAAGUUGAAGGAAGUGAAGAUGAUCCGGGGAUGCUACGUAAGAUACAGGUGAAGAAAUGACAGGCGAGCACGGAGGAACCGGUAGCUGCAUGGAAGGAAACUGAAAGUUGGAAGACCCGUGGACAACGAGACUUAAAUUGUCGGCCACAAUGAAUGAAAGGAAAUUGUGAUGUUUACUGCAUAUCUUGGUCUCGCUGUCUCUUUCUAUCUCUCCAUGCGUGCCUGCUUCUCCAGUUGUGCAGUUUUAUUCCAUCAAUUGUUUCCCGUCCCAUAUUUUUGCUGAAAACUAUGAGUUUCUACUUAGUACUACAACCGUAGUAAAUUUUCUGUAACCAAUAAAACGACGCCAUGUUGUAUAUAAUGGCACUGGCGGUCCGAGAAC